AUGCACAGCAGCAGCAGCAGCAGCAGCAGCAGCAGCAGCAGCAGCAGCAGCAGCAGCAGGAGAGCAGCAGCAGCAGGUAGAGCAGCAGCAGCAGCAGCAGCAGAUGCGGAAAACGCAGAUGGUUUAGUAAAUUUAGAAGCAGCAGCAGCAAGUGCUGCAGCAGCAGCAGCAACAGUAGCAGCAGCAGCAGCAAAUACGCAUGCAGCAGCCGCAGAAGAUACAGUAUAUGCAGCAACAGGAGCAGCAGAUGAAGCAGCAGCAGUAGUAGUAGAUGCAGCAGCAGCAGCAGCAGCAGCAGCAGAAGCAGCAAUAGAUUAA